AUGGCGACCCGAGAGGGGGACGUUUUCGAGACACAGGCGGCCAUCCAGCUCGACACGUGGACUGAGAUACGGGUUGUAGGAUCAUAUGAAGGAACGACACUCAUCGUAGGAGACUCCGAGUACGUGGGCGUGAAUAUCGCGUCUUUCGAUGAACUGACGUACGACAACGAAACGACACUGAUGAUAGGGAGAGAUUCUGAGAAAGCGUGUCCAAUACCAGGCUACCAUCCGUUCAACGGAAUUUGCUACAAGAACUUUGCUGAGAAGAAGACGUACGUAGAAGCUCGGCAGAGGUGUGCGGAAGACGGAGGGUUGUUAGCCAUGCCGAAAGACAGUGCGGUCAACGACUUCCUCUUCUAUCUGGGAGACGAUCAUCGCUGGCUUGGCAUAACGGACAUCAACAUCGAAGAAACUCACCCAGUAGGCCUUUGGCCAUUAAACGCGGUGUCUGGCGCAUUGGAUGAAACGGGAAACGGAAAUGACGCAAUAGCAACAGGAACACAGUUGACUUCUGGUCCGUUUGGAGACGCGGACGGGGCGUUCCUGUUUGCAGGGACCGCGGGUUCGUACCUCGACAUCCCCAACAACGGCAAGCUGGACGUGCGCUACGCCUACACCAUACUGGCCCACAUCUACCCGACUGGUCCACGCGGGCCCAUCUUCCACUACCGCACCAACACCAACGCCCCCUAUUUCGACCAUGGUGUCCAUUUUUGGCAGGUUGUGACAGGACAACUAUUCAACCGGGUCAUAGAAAGAGGAAUGUCAUAUCACACUUCACCUGUUGUCGUCGCGGACGUACUCGUACAAAAUGCCUGGAACUACGUGGGUGGAUCCUACAACAGUGUCACGGGAAUGGCAUCCCUCUGGUACAACGGUGAAUUCGUCGGGGAAACAUAUGCUGGGUAUUCGGAACUGGAAACUCAGGCGGCUAUUCGGGUAGCGAUGCGGGAAGUCGCAGACACUCGGUAUUUUGCUGGCCGGAUAGCCUGUCUGCAACUGUACGACUUCGCCAUGACUCAAGCACAGGUUGAAGCAGCAAGAUAUAAGUGCAAACCUAGAGAUAAGGACACCAUUCAACCAAGCCUGGCGAUCGCAGACUUUCAGUUCAAAGAAUACGCUCUAACUCCUAAGCAGCUGAGGACCAUUGAUUCUUACCUAGGUAAUACACCAUAUGGCAUGCUAGGGAUCAAUUUUGCUUUGGACUUUACCUUCCAAUGGAGGAUAUGA